AUGCAAUCCGAAUUUUGUGUGGUUUUAAUUCAGGUGAGUCGAUUCGAAACAGCUAAAGACCUUAGUAGCUAAGGAUGUUUUGCAGAAUAUUAUUGUGUUAAUCGCAUCGAGUAAGAUUCUUUGGCAAUGCGCCAAAAAGAAAAAAUCGACGAGCAAUGAAUUGAUGGUGAAAUCAGCGAUGAGACCUCCAACUCAAGACGCAGCUGGGGCUACACCAGCUUCGACUGCAGCUCCACCAUCAGCCGCUGGAACAACUGGCGAAGCUGGAAAAGAUGAGAAGAAGCCGGCUGAUGAUAAGAAAACUGAAGAUAAACCAGCGGAUUCGGCUGCAAAUCCAGGAGAUGGUGGAAAAAAAGAUGCGGAAGAGAAGAAGAUUCAACAAUCGAUGAAACCAUUUCCGAAGUUUGUGAUGCCGACAGAAAGUGCGAAAAAGCGCAAAGUUGCGGAAAACGAGGAGGAUAAGAAGAAGAAAAUCAAAGAGGGAUUUUAUCAGGAGAAUUCGGGAGAGGAUGACACUUUGGAGAAGGUGAAGAGUUUGGAAGUUGAGAAAUCCGAUAAAACGAAACGAUCGCAGAGGAAAAAGGAUAAGAAGUGA